AUGCCUGCUGGCGCAAGUAAACUAAAGGUCGUGGACAUAGUCAAAGCACAACACGAGGACGCUACAAUAGCUCGCGUUUUACAACUCUUAAAGACCAGUCAUAAACCUUCUGUAACAGAAAUACGACGAGAAACACCACAAGUUCGAAAGUACCUCUGUAAAUGGCAUCAGUUAAAAUGUGAACAAAAAGAACGGCAUUCUAUACCAGAAAGAACAGUUGGUACUACCCCACAAGUUUAAGCGCAUGGUUUACAGAGAACUUCACGAAGAAAUGGAACACCUAGGUGUAGAACGAGUAUUAGAUCUUGCACGUCAGCGAUUCUUCUGGCCGAACAUGCGAAAGGACAUAGAACAUUUUAUCCAUCACGUCUGCUGAUGUUUAAAGCAAAAACAAUCCAAUCGACAUACAGUUGCACCAUUACAACCAAUUGUUACAACUGCACUGUUCCAAUUAAUCUCGAUUGACUUUGUACAUCUCGAACAGAGUUCCGGUGGUUACCAGUAUAUCUUAGUUGUUGUCGAUCAUUUUACUAAGUAUUCUCAAGCCUACCCUACGAAAAAUAAGAGCUGUGUGAUGGCGGCGGAUAGAAUUUUUAAUGAUUUUAUACAACGGUUUGGCGUCCUGAAAAAAAUUGAUCACGACAUGGGCAUGGAGUUUGAGAACAAUCUUUUCAAGCGAUUAGAACAAUUAACCGGCGUAAUGCUCUCGGACUACACCGUACCAUCCUCAAGGUAAUGGCAUAGUUGAGCGGAUGAAUCGUACUUUGUUAGGCAUGCUGCGAACAUUACCAGAGUCAUCUAAGUCAAGAUGGAAAGAUCACCUUAAUAAACUCAUUCAUGCGUACAAUUGCACUGUACACGAGUCCACGAACUAUUCACCAUUCUAUCUACUGUUCGGUAGAAGUCCUAGACUACCGAUUGACUUAAUGUUUGACUUCCCAGAUAAAGCGGAAAGUAAUUCACGAUCAGAUUAUGUGUCGAAGUGGAAAAGUCCGCUAUACGGACUUACAACCAGGAGAUUGUGUUCUUGUUCGAAACCUUUCACCGAGGGGAGGACCGGGGAAACUCCAAGCAUUUUGGGAAGAAGUACACAUAGUCGUUUCACGAAAGGGACCCGAGAGUCCAGUCUACGAGUUAAGACCUGAAACAGGACGGGGACGCAAUCGUGUGCUACAUAGAAACCUUCUCCUUCCAUGUGAACAUCUGCCAUUAGAAAACUGGCACGAAUUAACUCGAAAGACAACGGAAACCCAACGAGCUACAAAACGUGUACCUCGCAAUGAGAGUGAAGACGAAAGAUUGAACAGUGAUUAG